UGAAGGCACGGACAUUUCUUCUAGAACUGGAUGUGAGAGGGGGAUUGGCAGUGAAUCAGGCGAGCACCCUGACGCACUGAAUGGUUCAACUCAACUCAACUCAGCAUUAGCUUUAUUCCCUUUACGGUAUCCCUGUUUGCCAGCCAUGGAAUCCGCUUGUUACAUUCAGUCCCACCCUCACCAAUGCAACGCGGCGCCGGGCGCCGAUCUCUACCGGACUACUCACCAGCACGGACCCGCUGUUCCCCGCUCACCCAAGCCUGAUCCUCAGCGCUCUCCGCAGCAGCAGCAGCCGUGUAAGCUCAUUACAGACCCGCUGACCGGCAAGGCGUACGCUAAGGGCAGGCUCCUUGGAAAGGGUGGGUUUGCACGCUGUUAUGAAAUGAUAGAGGUUUCAACUAGCAAAACAUAUGCAGUCAAAGUCAUUCCACACAGCCGUGUUGCAAAACCUCACCAGAGAGAGAAGAUUGUAAAUGAAAUAGACCUUCACAGAGAGCUACACCACAAACAUAUAGUCAAAUUCUCACAUCACUUUGAAGAUUCCGAGAAUAUCUACAUUUUCCUUGAAGUUUGCAGCCGAAAAUCUCUCGCUCACAUCUGGAAAGCCCGACACACACUACUAGAACCAGAAGUGCGGUAUUUUUUGAAGCAGAUCAUUUCUGGAUUGAAGUAUUUGCACCUUAAAGGCAUCCUGCACAGAGACUUGAAACUAGGUAAUUUCUUCAUCAAUGAAAGCAUGGAACUAAAAGUUGGAGACUUUGGAUUAGCUGCCCGUUUGGAGCCCCCUGACCAGAGAAAGAAGACUAUAUGUGGAACACCAAACUACUUGGCACCUGAAGUGCUCUACAGGCAGGGGCAUGGACCUGAAUCUGACAUAUGGUCUCUAGGAUGCGUCAUGUAUACGUUGCUCUGCGGAACGCCACCAUUUGAGACCUCUGAUCUAAAGGAGACCUACCGCUGUAUCAAACAGGUGAAAUACACCUUACCAGCCGGUCUGUCUUCUGCUGCAAAGAACCUUCUCAUGGGAAUCCUAAAGCGCACCCCUGCAGAGCGUCUUACACUUGACCAGAUUCUAGAGCAUGAAUUCUUUACAAAGGGUUACACUCCAGAUAAGCUUCCCCCAAGCAGCUGUGUGAUGGUCCCUGACCUUCAUCCACCCAAUCCUGCAAAGAGCCUCUUCACUAAAGUUGCCAAAAGCUUGUUUGGCAAAAACAAAUCAAAAACAAAGAAAAGUCCUACUGAGGAGAAAGAUGAUAUCUCUAAGCUGGUCACAGGACUGGUAAAAACGUCCAUUUGCAGGCAGCUGAGUUACAAGACUGUGGAUGGAAAUGAGGUUGCCCCAGUAACUAAUGCUGUAACUGCAAACUCCAGUCCUGUGGACACUUUGACAGAAGAAGCUUCUGGGAAAUCUAUAUCUCGUUCUAUUCGUGGCAGCUUGGUCAGCAGUAGUGAUGCAUUUGAAGACUGCAUGACUGCUUCUGGGGUGAUGGAGACUGCCCUUGCAGUUUUAAAGGAUUGUCUGUCCUCUAUGCCAGCAGUGGAGGGGAAUCCUUCCAGCCUGGCAAAACCUGAGCAUUUUGUCUGGGUUAGCAAAUGGGUUGAUUACUCUAACAAAUAUGGCUUUGGCUAUCAACUGUCCAACCGCAGUAUAGGAGUUCUCUUUAACAGUGGAACCCACAUGGUGCUUCCCACUCAUCGCAGACAUGUGCACUACAACCUCACAAACAGCCGCCAUUUUGUAUUCCCAACAUCUGCAGUUCCAGAGCAGUUACAGGGUCAGAUGAGCAUUUUACAGUACUUUGCCACAUACAUGGAAAAAAAUCUAAUGAAGGGAGGGGACCUUCCAUGCCAUGAAGAAGGAAGCCAGGCCCCAUUAUUACUUCUGCAAUGGGUGAAAACAGAACAUGCGCUGCUAAUGCUUUUCAGCAAUGGUACACUACAGGUGAACUUUUACAACGACCACACUAAAAUUAUCCUCUGCAAGCCUCAAGAUGCUUACCUGCUUACAUACAUCAACAGAGAUCGGAAUUCUCAGACAUUCCUCCUGAGUACCCUAGCACAAACUGGCUGUAAUUCUGAGAUGUACCAUCGCUUAAAAUACACUGUGAAACUGCUCCAGCAAAAGGCAGAGUCCUAGAUUGGAGAACUGUUGCAUUACUUGUACUUAUACCUGUUUAAAGUGCAAUGUGAUGAGUUUAUCCUAAUGGACAUGGGUGGAGGCUUUGUGCUUGGCCCGUCAGUUUUCUUCUUAUUGCCUGACCAUGUGACUCUGCAAAUACCAUUUCCUGCAGGAGUUUUCAGACUUAUUCAAAGUCCAAUGUCAACUUAAGAGUCUUGAUGGAGCCUUCUAAGAAACUUAAAAUGACUGAAGUUGUCUAAUGUGAUCGUGAGGAAUUCAGUUUCUUCUAAUACAGGCUCUUCUCACUGCAGAGGGUCCUAAAGCUAUAUUUCGGCUGUAUCUAAAUUUCUAUAGUCCAGCAUGACUAUUUCCCCUCAUAUUGGCCUGUGAAAUUAUAAGAUAGUAUGAUGAGUUUUUGCUUUGUCAUAGUGAACUUUGGGUAUAUCCUGCCAAGCUAAAGUGCUAGUUAUCUUAAUGUACAGAUGGGUAUUUUUUUGAAUGGCAGCAUCCAGUGGUUCACACCUUAUUUGAUGAACAUCUUCAAGGAUUCUCAAGCUUAAAAAGGGGUGGGGGGGAGGCAGCUAAAUAUAUUUUUGAAUGGCCAAAGUGUGGAUCUCCAGAACAGGGUAUUUAAAUGUCUCAAACCAUGUUGUUAACACUGGUAUAAUGUGGCUUUAUUGUGUCCCUCCCCCACUUCAAUUGCUUUGUCCAUACAAAAGAACCAGCUGCUGCCUUGAAUUCCAAAAUUUAGAGCGCAACACAGUUUCUUUAGCCACCAGCUGUUUCAAAAAAAAUCUUAGAUGUUGACAUGACCAUAAUACCUACUUUGUGCACGAUAUUACAUCAUAUUUGCAAUAUAUUGAUCAAAUUAUUGACUGUUUUUGACGGAACACAAAGCAGACCAGCAAUAUGCAACACUUUGUGUAAGAGUAGAGAAAACACUACAGUUGUGGAUCACUUCAAUCAGCAGACCUACCCAAUUCUUAUGUAAUAUUAGGUCAUUUUAGUCUGGCACUUCUCCAUAUACUUUAGAGGCAAAUAUGUUUUGCCCAUAUGAAGGCUGGUGUAUCUUCUGCUAAUCAUUUCUUCUCAUUAGUCAUGACAACUGGCAUGUUGGCAUUUUCUAUAAUGAUGAUGAGCAACACCUUUUACUAUUGCAUGCACAGUAAGGAUAUGCUACACCUUGCUUGCAUUUGUCAUCAAAGAUGAAUUCCUUACCCUGGUUCUGAGCAUUUAUCCUGCCAUAUGUACCAGGCCUAGAAUGUUGCAGCGCCGAGGAAGCAAGCGUUAAAUUCACAUUUAACACUUUUCCACCUCCCCUAUUAACUCAACAAUCACACUAAAUACCAAA